AUGCAGAACAAUCAGUUUCCUUACUGGUCAGACGAAAUGGGUGAGAGAGAUAGGAACAACCCUUACGCGUCAGGGUCAGGGUCGUCCUUUGAUGGUUUGUUCCCACCAUGUGCGAAGUUGCCAUUCCAUGGUGUCGAGCUUCAGCCAUCUGCGGUCUGUCCAAGGAACUUUGUCAUUUUCGAUCAGACAUACGACCGCAGCCAAGUCAUGUACCAUCCUGACCUGACUCAUAAGCUCAUGAGCUCCCCGUCGUUGAACGGAUUAGCUACUACGUUCCAGAACGAGUAUGUUGGGGAAAGUUAUGGUAACUUUGAGCAAGGAGGAGUCUCCACUUCUCAUCAAGAGGAUCCGAAUGAGAUUGAUGCACUCUUGAGCACAGAUGAAGAUUACGAAGAUGAUGAUGAUGAGGAUGAGAAGGGUGAUUCGGAAGAGGUAAGCACAACUCGCAACUCUUCCAGGGAUUAUGGUAACAACUCAGCUGAAUCCUGCUGCUCCAGCUAUGGCUAUAACAAGAGCUCAAAGAAGAAGCAGAGUAAGAGUUUGUCGGGGAGCGCUAGUUGUAAUAACAAUGAUGGGAAAGGAAGGAAGAAGAUGAAGAAGAUGAUGGGAGUGUUGCGGAGAAUUGUCCCUGGAGGAGAAGAGAUGAAUACAGCUUCCGUUCUUGACGAAGCUGUUCAGUACCUCAAGUCACUUAAAAUCGAAGCUCAGAAACUCGGCGUUGGACAUUUCUCUAACCAAUCUUGA